ACGUCACGAUUGCCAACAAUGCGCCGCAAUGAUUGUGGGGAUCAUGUGUGCCACUUUCUUCUGUUAUAUCAAAGCGGAGUCCAUGCCAGAGGGCUACGAGUCGGAACGGAAGCUCUUCUCAUCCAUUUUAUGCACAGCAUACCUUAAUGUUAACUGAAGCCACGACUCAAACUCUCGGCCCCAUCGUAAUUGUCCACCACCCGACAGCUUCUGAGUAAACAUGGCCGUCCAAUGUUACUAUAACCGAUUUGGUCAAAGAAGGUGUAGGAACAACGCAUGGGGAGGCUGGGGAAGAUGGGUGUUGUUGGGAUGCCUCAUCGCAGGAGCGCUGCUCCUGUUGAUCCUGUUUGCUUGCAUUUCCUCGAGACGCCGAAGAAAGCUUGGACGCAAGCCAUUUUACGGCACAGGAUGGGCUGCACCUGGAACAACAGGAGGUCCUGUGAAAUAUAACAAUAGCAACAACCCACCGCCCAUGCAGCAAGGCUACAACAACCAAGGCUACAAUAACUCAUACAACAACAACGCGCAGCCAUACUACUCCGGUGGGCAAAACAACGACUACUACAACCCGGGUAACAACUACGGCAACUCGAACUACGGCAACAACGGGCAGACAGGCGGAUACGAGCCUCCCAACUACCCACCCCCAGCUCAAACCCGGAACGAUGGCGUAAUCAGAUAAAGAUGGACUAUCAACGAGACAUGAUGAGUUACGAAUGUAUAAUAUCAAGAAUGGGGAUUGGAAUUGGAGCAACAGAACUGGCGCCCAAAUGUACAGACAAGAAUGAAAUGAAAGUUCGAAUGAAAUGAAAGUUCGAAUGUGGCAGCGUAUCGGCGCAUUGCUCGAACUGCAGACG